AUGCAUAUCAAGCUGGCGUUUGCAAUUAUCGGCCUCACAGUGGGAGCAGAUGCUUUCUUUCGCAUGUCCUGGCCCGGCCGCAUCGUGCGCGAACGCCUUGAUCCUAUCGUGAACCCUGGCGGCGUGGCCUCCCAUGGCCAUACUAUAUCCGGUGGCUCAGGCUCCUCUGCCAACAUGACUUAUGAAGAUGCCCGUUCUUCCAAGUGCUCAACAUGCGAGAUCAAAGAAGACAAGUCAAAUUACUGGCCCCCAACCCUCAUUGGCGCACCUCAAGAACGGCAGUUUCACCCCUGUCCCCGUCGUCGGCGACCCCACUGA